AAAUAAAUGAACAAACAACCAAAUAAAAAAAAAAUUGUGGCCAUUUGCAGGGAUUCGAAUUCGUUUCAGGUAUUUCUGAUUCUAAUGCUUAAGGGAUUCUGUUGUGAUGAAAGGUACUUGUGCCCUUUCACCAAGUCUGUAAAUGAUCUGCUCUUCCAUGCAGUAGCACCGUUGACUUUUCCCAUCCAUAUCAAGCACAAUAUAAUUACGUUUUACUCCAGUCCUCGACUCCUGCCAUCCAUUAGCUUAACUAAUCCCUGACUGCCCUUGUUUUUUGCACAUUACCGCUGUGAACAUACCUUAAUAAAUGCGUAACAAGUGCAGGAGUACAUGUCAAGGGUUCAUGGGUUUUUUUUUGUCACAUGCCUUAUGGAGUCAGACUAUAAGCUGCAGUGAAAUGUAAGGUAGUUAACUCCACCAUAUAAACAAUGACAGCCGAAGUUUAAAGUAGCAAUAUGAAAAGGAAUAGAGAUAAAAAUGUUGCACUGAAAGCAAAAGUUAGUUGGUGAAUGGGCCUCUGCAGGGAAUGGUGCAGUAAAUACAGAGGGCAGCUUGUGUUCAGUACCAAAACAGUACAACAAGCACAGUGAGUUAUUUACAGCAAUGGGGUUUUUGCUUGUUAAAAGGGUAACAGUGCAAACUGAGCAGAAACAACUGGGUCUAUCAGCUGUUUGGGAGGGUGACUAUUUCGGUGCACGGUGAACUGUAGCGCUUGGUAGAGAGAAGUUCAACGAGGCCAUGACCGACCUUUGGGUGAGGGGUCUGUGGUGAUUUUUCCCUGAUUGUUUCCUGACUCGGGAUGAAUACAGGUCUGGCAGGGGUCAGGUUAAACGUUUCCAUUGCAGAUACGGUGCUGGGAGACUCCUCGAGGUCCACCACCAUCUGCAUGGUUUUGAGCAUGAUCAGCUCCUGCUCGUUACAAUCAUCCCAAAGGGCCAGCAGUUCAGCCUCCCACCUGCAUGCAGACACGUCACCAUUACUGAUGACUCCAGUGACUAUUGUGUCAUGUGCAUAUUUGAGGAGUUAGACAGUGGGGUGCUUGGAAGUGCAGCUUGUUGAUGUAGAGGGAGAGAAGCAGUGUGGAUGUUAUUCCAACAGCAUACAAGCUGUUGUCCAUUACUGUAUUAAUUUGGCUCAGUUCUUUGCACAAUAUUGAUUAAUACUGUUACAUUUAAAUCCAUAAAACGUCACCAGUUUCAGAAAAUAUAUGUCUUGACUAAAUGACUUGCGGAGGAUUUUCACUAAUACUUGAUAUGAAAAAUGAAGAUUAGGACAUUUUGACAAAUGUGCAAUUCAACGUCUUCCGGCAUAAAUAAAUGAAUAAAUGAGCGAAUAGUGCGUGUGCAUCCGUGUGCAAGUGUACUUGUAAAUAUUCGGAAUAAAUGAGGUGUGUCCAAGCACAGCAGGAGUAGGCACAGCGUCACGGCGUUUGUCGUAUUGCGUAUUACGUCAUUAUGGUCGAUACGUCUUGACGUUAUGUUCACUGGAGGAGCUGGAAGAAAUGUGAGAGAUGUAGGCUGCAGCAUGGACCAGAAACCUCCCCAGCUAAGUGUGGCAGAUGUGAAGGAGGAAGUGCAGGACGUCCUCAUAUCGGAUGCGGACGGGGCCGGGCACAGCAGCCCUGACAAGAAUGCAGAGAGUACAGUGUGUCCCGUCUUUAAUGGGGAGGUGAAAGAAGAAACAGUGUUUCAGGACGUGACUGAGGGGAAGCUGGAUGGGAGUGUCAGACCUCCAAUCCCAGUCCAAGAUGUCAUACCAGGGAGGAGAAUGAACAAGUUCCCUUGUCCUUACUGUCCCAUACUGCCGUAUACGUCAGUGAUUUUCGUCCAGAGACACAUCAAGUUAUCCCACCCUGAGAAGUUUGACCCCAGUGUGAUACUGAAACUUCUCUGCUGCUCCCAUUGUGGGAAGAGGUUCAGUCAUUUAGGAAACCUAAAGAAACAUGAGAGGAGUCAUACAGGUAAGAAGCCCUACCAGUGCUCCCAGUGUGGGAAGAGCUUCCGUCAAGAAGGAGCCCUAAAGGAGCACGAGCGGACUCAUACAGGGGAGGGACCCCACCAGUGCUCCCAUUGUGGGAAGAGCUUCAGUCAUGUAGGAACCCUAAAUAUCCACCAGCGGAUUCACAAAGUGGAGAGACCCUUCAAAUGCUCCCAGUGUGGGAUGAACAUGGGUCAGUUAAGAAACCUAAAGGGCCAUCAGCAGAUUCAUGCUGGGGCAAGACCCUUUAAGUGCUCCUGUUGUGGGAACGGCUUUAGUCAUUUAGGAAAACUAAAAGAAGACCAGCAGAUUUACACUGGGGAGAGACCCUACCAGUGUUCCCACUGUAAGAAGAACUUCAGUCAAGUAGGAGCCCUAAAAAUUCACCUGCGGAUUCACACAGGGGAGAGGCCCUACCAAUGUCCCCACUGUAAGAAGAACUUCAGUCAAAUAGGAGGCCUAAAGAUCCACCAGCGGAUUCACACAGGGGAGAGACCCUACCAGUGCUCCCAGUGUGGGAAGAACUUCAGUGAUUUAGGAAACCUGAAAAAGCACGAGCGGAUUCACACAGGGGAGAGGCCCUACCAGUGCUCCCAGUGUGGGAAGUGCUUCACUCAUGUAGCAAGCCUAAAGAAUCACCAGCGGAUUCACACUGGGGAGAGACCCUACCAGUGCUUCCAGUGUGGCAAGAGCUUUACUCAAGCAGGAGUCCUAAAGAAGCACCAGAGGAUUCACACUGGGGAGAGGCCCUAUCAGUGCUCCCAAUGUGGGAUCAGCUUCAGGUACUUGCGAGCCUUGAAGGUGCAUGAGCAGACUCACACUGGAGAGAAACUGUACCCCUGCUCCCAGUGUGCGAAGAGCUUCACUGCCUUAGAAAAACUAAAGAAGCAUCAGAAGAUUCACACAGGGGAGAGGCCCUACCAGUGUUCCCAGUGUGGGAAGAGCUUCAUUCACUUAGGAAACCUAAAGGACCACCAGCGGAUUCACACAGGGGAGAGGCCCUACCAGUGCUCCCAGUGUGGGAAGAGCUUCAUUCAUCUAACAAAUCUAAAGAAGCACCAGCGAAUUCACACGGGGGAGAGGCCCUUUCAGUGCUCUCAGUGUGGGAACAGCUUCAGUGUUUUAGGAAAACUAAAGGAACACCAGCGGAUUCACACAGGGGAGAGACCCUACCAAUGUUCUCACUGUAAGAAGAACUUCAGUCAAGUAGGAACACUCAAGAUCCAUCAACGAAUUCACACAGGGGAGAGGCCCUACCAGUGUUCCCACUGUAAGAAGAACUUCAGUCAACUUGGAACCCUAAAAAUCCACCAGCGGAUUCACACAGGAGAGAGGCCCUACCAAUGCUCCCAUUGUGAGAAGAGCUUCACUCAAGUUGGAGCCCUCAAGAAACACCAGAGGGUUCACACAGGAGAGAGGCCAUUCCGGUCAAUGAGGAGACUCAGGGAAAGUAGUCAUAGUGUGAUUAAUGGACAGUUUGCUAUGUAGAAGGAUUGUGUGUAUGCUGUAGCCACAGAGAAUGGCUUGUAUCUCCUGAGCUUGCCUGAGGUUUCUUCUAGAACUGAUCCUGUCCAACACCUCUGAGGGAUUGCUGGAAGUGGGUAGUAGGGCUUCACAGCUGGGUUCUAGCCUCAGCACACACGUUAUUCUUAGAUCGACCUGGAAACAGGGUGGAUUGCUGUACUUCCAUUCAGUGUGGAUACAGCUACCAUGGUCGAUGCUGCUCCUAAUGGCCACAGUAGAGGUGCUGACUGCAGGCUUUACAGUACAUAAAAACAUAAGAAAUUUACAAACAAGAGGAGGCCAUUUGGCUCAUCAAGCUCAUUUGGGAAGAACUCAAUUAAUACCUGAGAGUUCUGAAAAUCUUAUCUAGCUCUGUUUUAAAGGAACCCAACGUUUUAGCUUGUAUUACACUAAGAAGAAGACUAUUCCAUACUCUAACUACGCACUAUGUAAAGGAGUGCUUUCUGAAAUCUGGUUUAAAAUGUUCUCCAACUAAUUUCCAUCUAUGACCAAGAAUUCUUGUAUUUGAACUAAUAUUGAAGUAACUAUUUGGUUGAACAGCAUCCAGACCUGUUAGAAUUUUAUAUACCUGGAUCAUGUCCCCCCUUAGUCUCCUUUGCUAUGAAGACUUCAGCUCAGCUAACUUCUACUCAUAAGACGUUCCUCUAAGACCAGGAAUCAUUCUUGUAGUCCUAGCCAGCAAUGUCCUUCUUAAGGUGUGGUGACCAAACCCGCACACAGUAUUCUAGGUGGGGUCUUACUAAGGAAUUGUAUUAUCUUAGCAUCACCACCCUUGACUUAAUCUCCACACACCUAGAGAUGUAACCCAACAUCCUACUGGCCUUUUUAGUCGGUUCCCUACACUGGUGAGAGUUGGACAUGGAAGUCAGCAUCCACACCGAAGUCUUUCCAACAGGUUAAACUAAUUGGCCUAUAGUUAGAUGGGUUACUUCUGUCUCCUGUUUUAAUUCACAACCUUUUUGAAUACAGCAACUACAGCGCAGGUACAGCAUGUGGCCAGAGAGAAGCUGCCAGAAGGGACCCUAAUGCUGGCACAUGAUGAAAUGAGGAGAGGCUGGUCCAGGCUGUUGGAAGCCCCUCUCUGAAUCAGGGGGGGUUUGCAGGCUGGGUGGGUUAUGCUCAGAGUCCUGCAGGGGUAUCUGAAUGGGAACAGGUAGGGAGUACUCAUGUUUAUUAUUGGUCAAAGUGGGCAGUGAUGGUAAAGCCCAGGAUAAUAUCAACAGUAAUAAUAAGCAGACGAGACCUUAACUACUGCCCCCCCCCCCCCCCCCCCCCCACUUAGCCCGUCCCUGUUCUUUAUGUCCUUUAUUGGCUGUAGUUCACAUUCCAUGUUCUCAUGCACAAUUUGUUUCCAGUCUUGGUUGAGGUGUAACUAUCCAAAAAAGGGAAGGUUUUUUUGCAGGGGCAGUAAUUAGAAAGGUAACUGUACAAACUUCCCGACCAGCAGCACCCCCUGAAUUAUAAAUAUAUUAAUGAAUGAUCAAAUGAACGAAUAAUAAAAUGUUCAGCCAUUUGUAAGGA